UCAUGGGUCAAACCGGAAAAAAAUCUGAGAAAGGACCAAUUUGUUGGCGAAAACGUGUGAAAUCAGAAUAUAUGAGACUGAGGCAGCUCAAGAGGUUCCGACGUGCAGAUGAAGUAAAGAGUAUGUUUAAUUCUAAUCGUCAGAAGAUACUGGAAAGAACUGAGAUCUUAAAUCAAGAAUGGAAACUACGUAGGAUACAGCCUGUACACAUCAUGACUUCUGUGAGCUCAUUGCGCGGGACCAGGGAGUGCUCUGUUACCAGUGACAUAGAUUUUCCAAAACAAGUCAUCCCACUAAAGACACUCAAUGCUGUUGCUUCUGUGCCUAUAAUGUAUUCCUGGUCUCCUCUUCAACAGAAUUUUAUGGUAGAGGAUGAAACUGUCUUACAUAACAUUCCGUAUAUGGGAGAUGAAGUGCUUGACCAGGAUGGUACCUUUAUUGAAGAACUGAUCAAGAACUAUGAUGGAAAAGUGCAUGGAGACAGAGAAUGUGGAUUUAUCAAUGAUGAAAUAUUUGUUGAGCUGGUCAACGCACUUGGUCAAUAUAGUGAUGAUGAUGAUGAUGAUGAUGGAGAUGACAAUCCUGAUGAAAGAGAUGACAAGCAAAAAGAUCGAGAAGGUAACAGGAUGGAGAAAGAAAGCCACCCACCUCGGAAAUUUCCUUCUGACAAGAUAUUUGAAGCCAUUUCCUCAAUGUUUCCAGACAAGGGUACAGCAGAAGAACUGAAAGAAAAAUACAAAGAGCUCACAGAGCAGCAGCUUCCAGGAGCUCUUCCUCCUGAAUGCACACCAAACAUAGAUGGACCAAAUGCUAAAUCUGUUCAGAGGGAGCAGAGCCUGCACUCCUUUCACACGCUCUUCUGUAGGCGCUGUUUUAAAUAUGAUUGCUUCUUACAUCCAUUCCACGCAACUCCUAACACUUACAAACGAAAGAAUACAGAAACAGCACUAGAUAAUAAACCUUGUGGACCUCACUGUUAUCAACAUCUGGAAGGCGCAAAGGAGUUUGCAGCUGCCCUGACUGCUGAGCGUAUAAAGACACCACCAAAGCGCCCAGGUGGCCGCCGAAGAGGAAGACUUCCAAAUAACACCAGCAGACCCAGCACACCGACAAUAAACGUAUUAGAAUCAAAAGACACAGAUAGUGACAGAGAAGCUGGAACUGAAACUGGAGGAGAAAAUAAUGAUAAAGAAGAAGAAGAAAAGAAGGAUGAAACAUCCAGUUCUUCUGAAGCAAAUUCUAGGUGUCAGACACCAAUAAAGAUGAAGCCAAAUAUUGAGCCUCCAGAGAAUGUGGAAUGGAGUGGUGCUGAAGCCUCAAUGUUUAGAGUUCUUAUUGGCACCUACUAUGACAACUUUUGUGCAAUUGCCAGACUCAUUGGGACCAAAACAUGCAGGCAGGUGUAUGAGUUUAGAGUAAAGGAAUCUAGUAUUAUUGCUCCCGUCCCUGCUGAAGAUGUUGAUACUCCUCCCAGAAAGAAGAAAAGGAAACACAGGUUGUGGGCUGCUCAUUGCAGAAAGAUACAGCUGAAAAAGGAUGGGUCGUCUAAUCAUGUUUACAACUAUCAGCCAUGUGAUCAUCCGCGUCAGCCUUGUGACAGCUCAUGCCCGUGUGUGAUUGCUCAAAAUUUCUGUGAGAAGUUUUGUCAGUGCAGCUCAGAAUGCCAAAACAGGUUUCCUGGAUGUCGUUGUAAAGCACAAUGCAACACUAAGCAGUGUCCAUGUUACCUAGCUGUACGUGAAUGUGAUCCUGAUCUCUGUUUAACAUGUGGAGCAGCUGACCACUGGGACAGCAAAAAUGUUUCUUGCAAGAACUGCAGCAUUCAGAGAGGAUCCAAAAAACACUUGUUAUUGGCACCUUCAGAUGUGGCAGGCUGGGGAAUUUUCAUCAAAGAUCCUGUACAGAAGAAUGAGUUCAUUUCUGAAUACUGUGGUGAGAUUAUUUCUCAGGAUGAGGCAGACAGAAGAGGAAAAGUAUAUGACAAGUACAUGUGCAGCUUUCUGUUUAACUUGAAUAAUGAUUUUGUGGUUGAUGCAACACGCAAAGGCAACAAAAUUAGAUUUGCAAACCAUUCAGUAAAUCCAAAUUGCUAUGCAAAAGUUAUGAUGGUUAAUGGUGAUCACAGAAUAGGUAUAUUUGCUAAGAGAGCCAUUCAGACUGGUGAAGAACUGUUCUUUGACUACAGAUAUAGCCAAGCUGAUGCCCUUAAAUAUGUGGGCAUUGAAAGAGAAAUGGAAAUCCCUUGACAUGAGCUACCUCUUCUUCUAAACAAACAGCUGCCUUAUCUUCAGGAAUUUCUAGUACUGUGGGCAAUUUUAGAAAAAUAAAAUGAUGCAAUUUGAAAUUCUGAAUUUGCAAAGUACUGUAACAGUAAUUUAUAGUAACAAAUUUAAAAGACAACUUUUUAUUGCCUUCUCACCAGCUGCAAAGUGUUUUGUACCUAUGAACUUUUGCAAUAAUGUGGUGUGGUACAUUUUUUCAACCUUGAAUAAAGGAUACUUGAACUUCUUCAUUUUUAGUGGAA